UGUCCUGCUCACCAAAACCCUCCUCCCACGCAUUCUUUUCUCCCAGAAUAUGUACAACUCCGACCGGUUGCCGAUCCAGUACUCCACCACCCCAGAGCAACAACGGCCCAUGAGGCGUCAACACACCGCCCGGUACUACGCCCACCGCGUCCGCGAAAGCCUCACCACCCGGGUCUCCAAGCUCAUAUGCACCAUUUUCUUAAGCCUCCUCCUCAUCCUUGGCAUGAUAACGUUCAUACUAUGGCUCAGCCUACGUCCCCACCGACCUAGAUUUCACAUCCAUGCAUUUUCAGUUCCGGGUUUGGGUCAAGAAACCGGGUUCGCAAAUGCGGGGAUAAUGUUCAAUGCCACGGCCCGUAACGCGAACCAUAAUAUAGGUAUAUAUUAUGAUUCGAUGGACGCGACGGUGUAUUAUAGGGACCAACGGGUUGGGUCAAUCACGGGUUUACUGGACCCGUUUUAUCAGGGCCCAAAGAAUACGACGAUCGUGAUGGGGUCGUUUCAGGGGGCCACCUUAACGGUGAAUAACCAGCGUUGGAUGGAGUUCACGAAUGAUCGUAAAAAAGGAACGGUCGUGUUUCGUCUAGAAUUUACGGCUACGAUUAGAUUUAGGAUCCACGCGUGGGAUAGCAGGCGUCAUCGGAUGCACGCCAACUGUGAUGUUGAUGUGGGCCAGGACGGCUUGAUCUUGCCCAUUUCUAAAGAUAGGAGAUGCCCUGUGUAUUUCACCUGAGUUGGGACAUAUUUUUUUUUUUUUAAUUCGUUUAUUUCAUUUGUUGUGAUUUAUUUCAUUUGUUGUGCAAUCUUUCUACAUUAAUUGGUUCAAA